CGACCAAGCUGCCCGCCGCCGCCGCCGCCCGACCUCGCCGCCGCCCAUCGUCGCCGCCGUCGCCGCAGCUAGUCCGGCACAGCCGUGCAAGAAGGAAGCGGAUGAGAAGCAGGGAGGCCAUGGAGCUGCUGGGCUUCGCUCCGUACUCCCGGCCGUCCCCUUCCGAGGUUAAGGCUGCGUAUAGGAGAAUGGUGAUGGAGUCCCACCCUGAUCGCGUCCCCACGCAUCAGAAGCCCCAAGCUGAGUCCAAAUUCAAGCAGAUAUCAGAAGCAUAUUCUUGUUUGAAGGAUGGCCGAAGAUAUGGGAAUAGGAUGGAAGUACAUGUAACGAGAUAUGGUGUUCCAAGGGGAUACGGAAGAUCAAAUAGGACUUUGGUUAAAGCCCCCUUCCUGCUCAUAAUUUGUGCGGCGGUUUCCUUUGGUUCCUAUAGCGCUUCGAGGGCGUACCAGCGGCAGAAGGAAGUUUGUUCCUCUCAGAACCCUUUUCUACCGUAGCGGUAAUGGGAUACCGUUGUGAUGUGUCUAGAAUAGAAGAAUUGUGUGUAUGUUUAACAAUAUCUGCACUGAAUAAAAGCACCAAUCACUACUUGUGAUUUCAAAGAAAAAGAUGCGCAGUCCACUGUACAGCUAGCAACUCACGGUUCAAAUAACCGAUUUUUUUUUUG